UUUCUGUUGGAUACUGGCCGAGGUGUUCCGAUUGGUUUUAAAGGUUGAGCAAAUUUAGCGUAAAGUUACCUCCCCUAGAUGCAAAUUUACCAUGAAUUUAGAAAUUUAGUUUUAUGUUUAUUGUCGUGGAUUCAUGUCUUGUUGGUAAUUUUAUGUAUAGUUAACUAGCAGGAUGGCCAGCAAAAGAGUUGCCACAGUAAGGGUGCAAAAAGUCACUAAAGUGGACAAGGAAAUAGAGGUAGCCUACUACACAGUCAGAAAAGAUGAAAAAGAUGAGGAAGAGGAGGUGGAUGAGGACGUGGAAUAUGAGAUGGACAGCGCGGCAGAAGGGGAGGAAAUGACAGAAGAAGAGUUAUCUAGGGUCAAACAGGACAAAGGUGGAAACUGGGAUCUUAUGAAAACAGAUGGAACAGAGAGUUCAAACACAAAGUAUGUGGAUACAAAAGCUACAAACACUCCUCAAAUUCAGGAGAUGCCACAUAGGAAACCAUCAAUACUAAGUGGAGCAAGGCAAGGAGUCAAGAUGGGCAGCAGAAAGGAGCUAGCUGAGGCUAUGGAAGCAGCUCAAAAAAGGCUUAUUCACCUGGCCACUUCAGGAGAAGAGGUUCUGGAACCCAUAGAGUCUGGCAAGAAGUCGCUCAGACAUAUCUGUAGCGUUUGUGAGAAGACGUUCAGAUCCGUCCGGGACCUCAACAACCACAUGAACAAACACACAGGGGAUCGGCCAUUCCAUUGUGAAGUCUGCCCCCAGAAGUUCCGGUUUCCAUCUGGUCUACGUGAACACAUGCUGAUACACACAAAUGUCAAACCCUUUGCCUGUCAGGAAUGUGGUAAGAGAUUUCGGCAUUCUAGUACUCUGAAGAAACAUGGCCUGAGUCAUUCUGGAGAGAGAAACCACCCCUGUGAAGUGUGUGGAAAAAGUUUCCAGCAGAAGGGGCAUCUCAAAGCACAUAUGAUCACUCAUACAAAGGAAAAGAAAUUUGAAUGCAGCCAUCCUGGGUGUAACAGAAAGUUUGGCCUUAGAAAAAACCUUACCUACCACGAAGGCACUCAUUCCCAAGAGAAAAACUUUGAAUGUCACCAUUGUAAAAAGCUUUUUGCACGGCGUGAUCAAUGUCAAGGUCAUAUAAUUCGUUCUCAUAUGGAUAAGUCUGAAAAAAUCACUUGCGAGAAUUGUGGGCAAAAAUAUUCAACAAAGUUCAGUCUGGAUAGACAUAUAAAAUCACAUUGUCCCAAACAAGGGCAGGCAAAAAUGGAUACUGAUGAAUCAUAUGAAGAUUAUUCAGAAGUCAUAUGUUUGCCCGAAGGUCGGAAACAAAGUAGAAAAGAUGUACAAGAAAUUGAGGAAGUUGAGAUGGAACCAUGUGAAAAUAACCAAGUUUUGAUGCCACAACAAAAUAUGCUUCAUGUAGAUUAUAAUGGUGAAAUUCAGUACAUUGUAGAAGUAAUAACGGCAGCUGAAAAUGAAGCAGAUGGAACUGGUGGUGAAAUUCAAGAAGUUUUAGAUGUGGGUGAAAUAACUGUUAAUGAACAUGAGGAUUCGACUACUGCUCAAAAUCCUAAGAUUGCUUUACAAAGACAGAUUAUACAAUUGCAAAACAAACUUCAGGAGCAGAAAGGAUACAUGACAAUACAAGGUACAGAAACUGCAGGGACCAAUGAUGCUGUGACACAAGAAAUAGUUGUCAUGGAAAACAAUAUCAUCGAACUUGGUAAUGAAUUGAGUGGAGAGUCAAAAACAAGCUCUGAUGUCAAAGACCAAACACCUCCUGCUAAUGUUACAAGCUCCACGGCGUACACAAGAUCUGGUAUAAGUUGCAGUCCUGUUGGAUCAAUUAAUAGGAGCACUAAUGUUGGAAAUGGGAGAAUUGAAUGUGGUGGGCAGCUCAAAUCCGUUGCUGUAGGCAUCAAUAAAAGUUCUCCUAGAAAAAUGCAAAUAAUGAAUAGCGAAAAAGCAGAUGCAGCAGAGAAUACAAAGACUAUUGUUAUGGAUAUUGGGAAGAAAAUGGAUGAGAGAAACAGUGGAAAGACAUAUGUUAUAAGUAGUGGUACUUCAGGUGUCGUGAACAGUGGUAAUGCUAUUAAUAGUGGAGAAAACGUGUCUUUUAAAAGGGCAAUAACAAGUUUGAUAAAGCCAAAGGUUACUCCUAAAGUUACAGCUCAAAAAGGAAACAGUUAUGUAGAAAGUGAAACAGUAAUGGACAAUAAAGCUGAAAGUGAAGCAGUGAUAAUUGAGAAUGAUGGAAAUAUUCAGGCGGGUGACGUGCACUACGCAGUUUCAGUUUCAGGUGAAGUUUUAUGUUUUCCAGCUAGCCAAAGGGCCUCUAAACCACAGUAUAUUGUAUGCAUUGACCAGGCUGGUGGUGAAGAGACUACUGUUAUGAAUAAUUGAUUUGGUUUUAGCCAGGAUUAAAAUGGAUAGGGUGCUACACUAAAGGGAAAGGGUACUAAUGGUGAAAAAGGGCAAAUCGUUUCGGGCUGUGGAUAACUUAUUCAUCAUAGAUUUGAUAUUGAUUCGAGCCUCCAGCUGCCAGAUAUACUGUAUUAAUUUUGAAAGAAUCAUACAAUAACCUUUUAAACAAAACAUGGAAAAUAUUUGAUUUUCUACAGCAUUCAAUUUUUAAAUGGUAGAAGAUGCACACGCUGGUCUCGAUGAGGUCAGAGAUGUGCUGUCCAAAAUGUCCUACAAAUUAUUAGCUAAAUUAAUUUUAAAUCUGAUUGAUAUAUUUUUGUGUUUCCUGCGUUAAAGCGGAUUUGAGAGAGUUGUUUCUUUAAUUGUUUGUGAUAUUAAUCAUUGUUGUAUGUAUUGUUUUUUUGGAUAAAUGGUUUGGUCAAAGAAAGCAAUAUGUAAAAAAAAUAUUGUUUAAAAGAUACGAUGUUUUAAUAUUCAUAUACAUGUAUGAUUAUACGAUGUUCUUCAUUAAGAACAUCAUGUCCCAUUAAAACUAAUGAACUUAGGAUAAAUUAUCUCACAUGUGUUAUUUUGAAAAUGUCAUUUAAAGCUUGGUUUAUGAAAUGAUUAAUUUAUUUAAUGCCAUCUACCACCUUUUAACAGUACGAAAACAAAAUAAUUACAUUUAAACAAUUUUCUGUAUAUUUAAUAAGGCAUAAAAAUAGUAUUUUUGUCUCUGAUUUCAUGCCGUAGGGAGGAAAAUCUUUUUUCUCUUUUUUUUAGUCAAAUUUUUUCUUGAGACUUUUCUGUCACCAAAACUAAAUUAUAUGCUUAAGAACAACUAUACAACCUAUAUACAAAUUAAUGGUACUGAAACAGCCAAAAACACUUCAUUUUUAACUGUUUUAAAAUCGAACAAAAUAUUGCAAAAUAUCUCAUUGCAAUAAAAAGGUUUAGGGUCGGGGCUAAAUAAAGGUAGGUCGGGGGACUGGAAACAAACGUGAUUUUUUUAUACCUAAUUAGCUUUCAUUAAUGUGCUUUUGUUAAAGAUAUGGAGACUGUUUUCAGUGAAAAUAAAUGUUUUAAGUUUU